GAAAUUAUGUAGCCAUCGUUAAUCGACAUAAAAUGUAUGUUAAUCUAUUCUUUGGUAAUGCUCGCACGCAGGAAAAUGACAGUUCGCAAACCAAACAUCUAGAUGCUUCGUUGAUCUCUUCAACCUCUACCAUUUUCCUGAGACUUUGUAAUGAUAUGGAAUAUAUAGUCGAUUGUGCUUGCACCAAAAUUAUGAUUGAAGAGUGUAGGAAUCUUGUGUUAAUUGCGAAUGAUAAAAUUAUCACUUCGACGAUCGAAGUUUGGAAAUCUAACGACAUCACCCUCAAGCUCAAUACCCAGGUUCAAACAGUUCAAGUGGAUCAAU